UUGGGAAAACGAAGAAAGAAAAAAAGAGAGCUUUUUUAAAAAUCAAAUGCUUUGAUCCGAUUCGUUAAUGGCGACUCAGAUCUGAAGAUAAUCUCUUCUUCAUUUCUGGUGGGCAAAAUCUAAAGCUUUUCGAAUUCGGAGCUAGAGAAUUUAAAGGAAUCCAAUGGAUGAUUUCACAGGAUUGUUAGCGAGAGACUUCGGAUUGAAACCUCAGGGAAAAUCAGCUCCCAUGGCGUCUCAAUCGAACUCUUCUGCCGCUGAUUUCAACACUUUCGCUUCUUCUUAUAGCUUCGCCACCGCCGCCGGUAAAAAGUCCGAUUCUUUGCCGGUGUUUGACGAUCCUGGUCGAGAUGGUGAUGAUCUUCUCUUCAAAGAUGUGUUUAGUGGACCACCACCACCAAAGUACGGAUCUUCUUCUGGUGAUUCACGUUCUCCAUCUGCUCCUGCUUUUGACUAUGAUGCUAUGUUCAAGGAACCCAAAUCCAAAUCAGCGUCGUCUAUGCCGGUUUAUGACAAGCCUGUGUAUGAUGAUGAGGAUGUGUUUGAGUCUAUUCCUGAGCUCAAAAUCCCUUCCACUUCUUCUCAGUCAGCUAGGUUUGAGAAUGUUUUCUCUUCUAUCUCAUCUUCUCCUACGAAGCACAGGAAACAGAACAGUUCUCCUUUCGAUGAUCUCAUGGGAAACAAUUUGGGGAAGAAAGGGGCAGAUAGUGACCGAGAGGAGAAGGGUAGUUCCAUUUUUGAUGAUUUGAUUCCUGGGUUUGGUCGCACUAGCUCUCCUCCAUCUAAGCGGACAACUUCAGAGACAACAAAUCAAUCCGAGAAAGCUCCAUAUCGAACUGCCGAGACAUCUUCCAAUGUGGAAGAAGACCCGUUUGUAGUCUUGGAGGAGUCUGAAUCAACCCCUAGAGAACCCUCCCGUACUGAUCCAUUGGACGAUAUUGGAAAACCAGGGCCGGAUAUGAAUAGUAAAGGGAAGAGUCAUUUAAGACCACCAGGAAACAUCAGUGGCUCCCAGUCACCACCAGUAGAAAGCCCUGGGAGUUACCAUUCUAAGAAAGUUUCAUUUGAAGAUUUUUUAGAGCCACAUAAUAUGAGUACUCCACCACCUACCAAUUCAAAUGGAAGUUUCGAGUCGUCUGAUGAUGUGUGGCUUACUGUAUCCGAGAUCCCCCUCUUUACGCAACCUACGAGUGCUCCGCCACCUACGAGACCUCCACCACCAAGACCUACACGUCCUAUUAAAAAGAAGGUUAAUGAGCCUUCUAUACCGACGUCUGCUUACCACUCACACGUUCCUAGCUCAGGAAGAGCUUCUGUAAAUAGCCCGACAGCAUCUCAAAUGGAUGAACUCGACGAUUUUUCUAUUGGCAGAAAUCAGACCGCUGCGAAUGGAUAUCCUGAUCCUUCCUCUGGUGAAGAUUCAGAUGUUUUUUCUACUGCCGCUGCAUCAGCUGCUGCCAUGAAGGAUGCCAUGGAUAAAGCAGAAGCAAAGUUUAGGCAUGCUAAGGAAAGGAGAGAGAAAGAAAAUUUGAAAGCAAGUAGAAGUAGAGAAGGAGAUCACACAGAAAAUUAUGAUUCUCGUGAAAGGGAACUUAGAGAAAAGCAAGUGAGAUUGGACCGUGAGAGGGCAGAGAGGGAGGCAGAGAUGGAAAAAGCCCAGGAGAGGGAGAAAGAGGAGAGAGAAAGAGAGCAGAAAAGAAUUGAAAGAGAAAGGGAAAGAUUGGUGGCUAGACAGGCGGUAGAGAGGGCUACAAGGGAAGCACGCGAAAGAGCAGCCACGGAAGCUCAUGCGAAAGUUCAAAGAGCUGCUGUUGGAAAGGCUACCGAUGCCCGAGAGCGCGCCGAAAGAGCAGCAGUUCAAAGAGCGCAUGCUGAAGCACGUGAAAGGGCAGCUGCAGGGGCAAGAGAUAAGGCGGCGAAAGCUGCGGCAGAAGCUAGAGAAAAGGCUGAGAAAGCUGCAGCAGAAGCUAAAGAAAGGGCGAAUGCUGAAGCGCGGGAGAAGGAAACAAGGGUUAGGGCUGAACGAGCUGCUGUGGAAAGGGCAGCUGCUGAGGCACGUGGAAGGGCAGCUGCCCAAGCUAAAGCUAAGCAGCAGCAAGAAAAUACCAAUGAUCUUGACUCCUUCUUUAGCUCAAUUUCUAGACCAAACAGUGCUCCACGACAGAGAACCAACCCUCUGGAUCCUUUCCAGGAUUCAUGGAACAAAGGAGGAUCUUUCGAAUCUAGCAGGGAAUCUUUGCGAGUGCCUCCUGGCCAACCAGAGAACUUGAGAAAGACCUCUUCAGUAACAAACAUUGUUGAUGAUCUCAGUUCAAUUUUUGGAGCUUCAGCUUCCCAAUCUGGUGGGUUUCAAGAUGUUGAUGGAGAAACUGAAGAGAGACGACGUGCCAGACUGGAACGCCACCAGAGGACACAGGAGCGGGCUGCAAAAGCACUUGCUGAGAAAAAUGAACGUGAUCUUCAAGUACAAAGAGAACAAGUUGAGAAAGAUGUAAGUUUCCUUACCACGUGAUUCAGCUUGAAACUUUUACAUGUGGUUUCUCCUUUUCCUUCCUCUGUUGUGCACAUCUCAGACCAUGUUGCUUUGUUCAGAGACUUUGGUCUGGGGCCUUUUGCAGCCUUUAGAAUAAGAAAUUGCGCCACCUUUCGAUACUGUCUCAUUGUUUUUUUCCUUUUGUUUAUACACCAUACUUAAUCCUGGAGUGUAGAGGAUCUGUAAUUUUUUUGUUCAAUCAUCAUGCUUAUCCUGGAUUUCAGAGGAUUGGGGUGACUCUGGAUGUUGAGAUAAAACGUUGGGGUGCGGGGAAGGAGGGAAACCUGCGAGCUCUGCUUUCGACAUUACAAUAUGUAAGUCGUAUUGUCUGUUUUCCUUAUUAUUUGCACCUCUUAAGUUCAUGUGUACCUUUGAUGUUAUGAGUCCAUAAUCUCUUCUGAUGUUGUAAAUGAGCAGGUUCUUUGGCCAGAAUGUGGUUGGCAACCUGUUUCAUUGACUGAUUUAAUUACGGCUGCGUCUGUCAAGAAAGUUUACAGGAAGGCCACUCUAUGUAUACACCCUGAUAAAGUUCAGCAAAAAGGAGCCAAUCUCCAGCAGAAAUACAUUGCCGAGAAAGUUUUUGACAUGCUCAAGGAAGCAUGGAACAAGUUUAACUCAGAAGAACUCUUCUGAGGAAAUCAUGGGGCUAUGUUUUGAGAUGUGUUUUUCGUGUGCCGCCCAAAAGAUGAUACAUUUGGCAUUCAUUAAAUAGCCAAAGAUGAUGCCCAAGUUGGAGGCAGAUAGUUGUGGAUAGAGUAUGUAUUCCCAGGAUUGAUUACCCAUCACUGCAUCAUUAUAGGCAGGCAUCGCAGCAAUUGGGCAUUCUUUUUUUGUCAUUAUCCUUCUCGAGUCUUGUCCUUAAAGAGUACGAUGUCAAAAUGUAGUGAUGGUUAUUUUUGUAUCAAAAACACAAUACUUGAGAGCUGUGUAUUGUUGUUUCCAAACUAUUUAUAUAUGCAUAUAUGAAUAUUCUUUUUAGUGGC